AACGAAAUUGGUGAUGCCAUAAUAAACAAAAUUGGUGACGCUAUAACAAACAAAAUUGGUGAUACCCUAAAGAGCGAAAUUGGUGACAAUGUAACAAACAAAUUUUGUGAGACCGUGACCAAUGUAAUUCAAAAAG